CACACAAGUGACACAACCCAAAACUAAACCCAGAAGCAAAAAACCAACAAAACCAAAAGCAGUCGUUCACUAGAAAAUAUGGACUCCAUGACCUCCUUUAAAGGCUACGGCAAAGUCGACGAGCUCGAAGAGCAAGCCUUCCGGCGCAAGACCCGAAAGCGCUUCAUCAUCGUCAUCGUCUCCAUCAUUGUCCUCGUAGCCGUUAUCAUCGGCGCCGUCACCGGCACCGUCAUCCACAACCGCAACAGCUCAUCGUCGCCGUCACCAACCGAACCCGCCACCCAGUUGACUCCCUCCUCUUCUUUAAAAGCUGUCUGCGACGUCACCCUUUACCCCAACUCGUGUUUCUCGAGCAUCUCUUCUCUCAAGAACUCCAACACCACCGACCCAGAAGCGCUCUUCAAGCUCUCCCUGCAUGUCGCCAUUGACGAGGUCUCGAAGCUCAAGGACUUGCCUUCGAAACUCAAGAGCAAGAUCGGAAAUGAUACCAAGCUCAACGAGGCUUUCAAGGUCUGCGAGACCCUUUUCGACGACGCUGUGGAUAAGCUUAACGACUCACUCUCUUCCAUGGAGAUCGGUUCCAGCGAUAAGCUCUUGUCUCAGACGAAGAUCAACGACUUAAAAACGUGGAUCACCGCCUCCAUGACUGACCAAGACACCUGCCUUGACUCUCUUGAAGAACUCAAUUCAACUCUGGUUCAGGAAUUCAGGGAUGCUAUGCAGAACUCGACGGAAUACGCCAGCAACAGCCUGGCCAUUGUGGCGAAAAUUCUGGAUUUACUGUCCAGAAUGGGGAUUCCGGUUCACCGGAGGUUACUCGGGUACGAAGAAUCUUCCGUACCGGAGUUCCCGGGCUGGGUGAGCCCGGGAGACAGAAGGCUGCUUCAGGAGCAGAACCUGACUGCGCACGUGACCGUGGCGCAGGAUGGUACCGGGGAUUUUAAGACCAUUCAAGAGGCUGUGAAUGCUGUGCCCAAGAAGAACUUGACCAGGUUUGUGAUAUAUGUGAAGCAAGGGACGUAUUUGGAAAAUGUGAUUAUGGACAAGAACAAAUGGAAUGUGAUGAUGUAUGGAGAUGGCAAGGCCAAGACCAUUGUUUCUGGGAAGUUGAACUUUGUAGAUGGGACUGCGACUUUCAACACUGCCACUUUUGCUGUUGCAGGAAAAGGGUUUAUUGCGAAAGAUAUGGGGUUCAUUAACACUGCUGGAGCGGCAAAGCACCAAGCAGUGGCAUUCCGAUCUGGUUCAGACCAAUCUGUGUACUACAGAUGCUCAUUUGAUGCAUUCCAAGACACACUCUAUGCUCACUCAAACCGACAAUUCUAUCGUGAUUGUGACAUCACAGGCACCAUUGACUUCAUCUUUGGCAAUGCAGCCGUGGUGUUCCAGAACUGUAAUAUCCAGCCGAGGCAGCCAAUGCCGAACCAGUUCAACACGAUCACUGCUCAGGGGAAGAAGGACCCCAAUCAGAACUCCGGGAUUUCAAUCCAAAAGUGCACAAUCUUUCCACUCGAAAGCAAUAUGACAGCUCAAACAUAUCUUGGUAGACCUUGGAAGGAGUUUUCCACCACAAUUUUCAUGCAGUCCACUAUUGGUUCAAUCUUGAACCCAUUGGGGUGGAUAGAAUGGGUUUCUAAUGUUGAUCCACCUAGCACCAUAUUUUACGCGGAGUAUCAAAAUAGUGGACCAGGAUCAAGUGUGGAUAAAAGGGUUACAUGGGCUGGUUACAGGCCCUCUCUCACAGAUGUUGAAGCAGCCAAGUUCACAGUUGAGUCCUUCAUCCAAGGUAGUGAAUGGUUGCCUCAGACUAAUGUGAAUUUUGAGACAUCCCUGUAAGGCUGUGAUCUGAGAAAUCGCUCAGUGUGCGCUUAAUGUUCAGAAAUUAAACUCCUUUAGAAAGCAUGAUUUAAACUUUAAAUACAUACUCAGUUUUCAACAUACAGCUUCUACUUUGUAACAUGUUCGACAGAAUUGUGUUAGCUCUGUGAAUGCUCAGUUCUCUUUUACACUUUCCAACUGUUGUGGAAAGUUAUUUUGUAACAUCCUUCUUUUUAUUAUACUGGUUCCCGUUAAGAAUGAAUUGAAUAUAGUGUCGAGCAAAUUCCCG